UUUGUGGUGGAGAGAAGUUUGUUGAAACUGCUGCAAAUAAUCGGCUAUUUAUAUUGUCAUAAUACAGAUAAGGGGAUGAUUUUUUGCGUAGGGAAGUUCCUAAGUGUCUACUAAGAGGGACUAUGCUUACCAAAAUACUCUUAGUUCAUCUGGUGAAAGAUGGAACAUGAAAGAAAAAGCAACUCAUUUAUCAAUGGAGCCAAACAGCAACCUGACAGCCAAAUGGAUAAAAAGAAGCACAACUAUAAGUUGGUUGCUGAUCCUUUUAUCCAUAGAGGGCAACAUAAAAUUUACCGAUUUAAUGGUUUAGUUCCAGGGGAGACGAAAGUAGUUGAUGUUAAAGAUCCUAGACCCAGGUUUCAGAGGAUAUGGUGUAGAAGACAGCCUGCAGAUUUACCUGUUCCCAAAUUUAAGUAUGAUCAGUAUUUUGUUGCUGUCGUUCCACCUAAAGAGGUUACAUUUACCAACCUCAAUGACAACAUCAACAAUGAUUUUCUCGAAAAUAUGUGUAAAAGCUUUGGAAAGAUUGAAGAAUGCAAGAUUUAUUUCAAUCCUAAGACGAAAAAACAUCUUGGAGUUGGAAAGGUUCUGUUUACAUCAUCUAAAGCUGCCAAGUCAUGUGUUGAUAAACUCAAUCAAACAUCAAAGAUGGGGAAUAUCAUGACAGUUAUCCUGGAUACCAUGGGUAAAGAAAGGCAGGUAAUGAUUGAAACAUUAAUUGGUGAUCGCAAACUAGGUGAUGAGGACAAGAAAAGGGAAGCUUACGAUCCAGGUGAUAAUGAAUUUGACUUUGGACAUCGAAAACCCAAGACAGACGUUUAUCCAACUCCUCAGUCUGAAACAAGUUUCUCAAGUCAUUCUGAUCUUGGAUAUAUCACGGCUACCCCCUCACUAAUACCCAAUACAGAACCCGCUUUCAAUGUGGGAUAUGGUUACGACACUCCAUCGGAUAAUCUCAAUCAUCAAAACGUGGCACAGAGUUAUGGUUAUAGUGCUGAACCUUACAAUCAACCAUACACGGAGGAUUUCAGUCAGCCGAAAUAUGCAACAGAGGAAAAUAAUUCCUUUGAUAACCCAGCAAAAAAUGAACAAAGUUAUAACUCGAGAGAUUAUGAUCGCGGGAAUAAUAAAGGCAGAUAUGAUCGUAAUGGCCGUAAUAGAGGGGAUAGUGAUCGCAGUCACCACAAAGGGGACGGGGAUCGAAGUCAUCGUAGAAGCCAUUAUGAGCGAGAUAGAGAAUGGGAUAAAAGUCGGUAUCGAGAUAAAGACAGUCGUUACCGUGAUGGUGACAGAUACAAUCGAAAUAGUGAAAGAUACAAUCGAGAUAAUCAUAGUGAUCGUGAUAGGUUUGGUAGAGACAGAGAUCGUGACAAAUCAAGGCAUAAAGAAAAGAAACCAGAUCCUCCUCCUAGGCCUAAAACACCAGAGGAGGAAGUUCCAAGAUUUUUAAGUUUAGAAUCACGUAUUCAGUCACUGUUGAAUACAGGAAGUGCUGAUGAUAGUAGUGCUAAAAAACCUGUGGAUGUGCCAGAACCGGUACAUACCAACAAUUCAGAAAAUUGGUCUCGAUCGAAAUCAAACUAUAGUGAUAAGAGUAGUGAUAGAAACUCACAGUAUUCUGGAGGUCAUGAUAAGCAUAGUCAUUCAGAUUGGUCUCAUAAUUCAUCCACUAAUCAUUCAUCGUGGGACUCGAGACACAGAGACCGAGGGGGGCGUGGUGAUAGAAAAUCACAUCAUUCUCAUCUAAUGAAGGAUUCAAAAAGACGAUCUGAGAGCCCCAAACACUCUCAUAGUAACACUCCUUUACAAGAUGAAAAUAGUCGUGGAAGUAUGGAAUCAGAUGAUCGGAUGAGUUUAGCAUCCAUCAGCAGUGGAGAACAAAAGUUGCACAUGAAUCCGCAGCAGUCAACCCCAUUCAUACCCCCCACCCCUGUUGCAUUUACCCCGCAAACCCCUUCAUACGGACAUAUGACUCCAGCCUCAUUUAAUCAGAUCCCACAAAGUCCUUUCAUUCCAUCUACUCCAUCUCCCUUCACUCAAUUAUCUGGCAGUUCUCCUUUCAUGCCUCCUACGCCCUCAUCCUUCCCCCCUUCCACUCCUACUUCGUUCUCACAAGCCACGUCUGAUGCUUAUAAUCAGAACACGCCAUUUAAUCAGGCUACAACCUCUUCUUCGUUCAACGAAUCAUCUUUUAAUCAGGAGUCUGUAAGCGUGGCCGGUGGAUGGCCACUGGGAUUUAAUAUGAACUUUGUAGAUAGCAAUGCUUAUAAUAGAAACUAUAUGAACCAGUAUCAUGAUAAUAUGACAAACGGUAAUAUGGUUAACUCCACUGAUCGCUUGGCCAUGAACGAUCGCAUGUUUAUGUCAGUUCUCAAUGGUUUUGUGAAAGAAUUAAAACAAGUGAUGCAGAAAGAUUUGUGUAAAAAGAUGGUUGUUAGUUCAGCGUUUAAGUGUUAUGAAAAAUGGUGGGAUGAUGAAGAAGGCCGUAGUAAGACAGCAAAAUUACCUACAACCACAGAUAAAACUACAGAAAAAACGGGUGUCAGCAAACCUAUUUCUAAAGACGCCGGUCUCAGUUCAACAUUAGCAUCAUUAUUUGAAGCUAGACACCCAUGGGGUAGAGAUGGUGGAUUAGAAGCAGGAUUAGGUUUUGGCCGAGGUUUUGGUAUGGGUGGUUUAUUGGGUAUUAGAGGUGGAAUGCCAAAACUCCCCUCAUUUAAGAAAAAGUUCCGUCCACCGUCACCACCACCAGUAGAAGAUGAAGAUUCUAAAACUAACAUGUCAGCAGCUACAGUUGAACAUGAUUCAGAUCAAGAAGAUUCUGAUCGUAAAUCAAGAAUAAAACGUCCCAUAGUUAGUGAGAGUGAAGAUGAAUCAGAAGAAGAAAAAACACAAUCAGGAGAUGAAGACGAAGAUGAGUCUAGUGAUGAAAGUAGUGAAGAAGAGGAAUCAGAGGAAGAAUCAUCUGAAGCUGAUAGUGAUGAAGAAGAUGAUGAUGAUGACGAAGAUGUAGAGGAGGAAGAUGAAGAUAUGAAAGCUGAUGCUAAAGAUGGAACUUCUGAUAAGGAAGAGAUUGAUGUUGAUGUAGAGAAAGUAACUGAAGAUAAGGAGGAUGAGGAAUCUUCUUCAUCUUCAAGUGAUGAAGAAGAAGAAAGUAAAGAGGAGAGUGAAUUGGAUGACUCUAAAUCAGAAGUCUCAAAGAAACCAUUAUCUCCGAUCCGGGAGGAAGGUGAAGAAGACAAAACAAAAUCCAAAAUUGAAACAGUUGUAGAAAAGGAAAAAGUAAAGGAGGCAGAGAAAGAAGACGAAGAAUCCAUGGAUGUUGAUGUUUCUACUGUUGAGUCAGAAGAGGAAUCUAUGACCACUGAUUCGGCAAUCUCUCCUAAAAAGCCUGUUCAGGAAUCCAAGACACUUUCAGCAUCAACAACUACUGCAACUUCCAGUUCAACUUCCUCCUCAUCAUCCACAGAGUCCAGUGCAUCUCCUGUUAAAAGCUCAACACCACAAAAGGUACCAAAAAAACGAGGACCAAAACCAAAGACACCACCUAAAGCACCAGAACAAAUCAAGCCUCCAGAGUUAUCUCCAGUACCUGUGGAAGCAACUCCAGAGGUUACCCUCGCAGAUAUUGAGAAGAAGCCGUAUGUUAAUCCAGCUAUUGCAGAACAUGAUUACUUUGCGGCUCCUCCUCAGUCUGGAUUUGAGUCAGAUGCAACAGAAUCCGCAGAUGAGGAAAGUAGUGGAAUGUCGAGAGAAAUUUGGAUGGAUCAUAGUUACUGCUUACCUCCAGCUAAAUAUGAUUUUGAGGUCAAAGGGGAAGAAAUACAGCUUGAUAGUGAUACGUCCGCUUGGGCGACAAGUUUUAGUGCUAAAACGGACAAUAGUGAAUCUGAUCUCUCUGAUGCUAUAUUGCAAAAGAAACCUAAAAAACCACCAGCACCGAAAGGCAAGAAGGCAGAAAAAUUGAAAGACAUUACGAACAAAUUAAAAGGCAGUCGUGAGUUAGCGAGUAUCUUACCUCCUCCUACGCCGAAACCAAAACCGACUUACACAGCCAGAAGUUUACAAGAAGAACGGCAAAUAUUUUUUGAGAUAUUUAGUAAGGGUAUCGAUGAAGAAGAUAUUCGGUACAUGAAGCGCACAUACGAUGAUCUCAUGCAAUCAGAUGAUCCAGUGUUUUAUUGGUUAAGUUCUAUAUUAUGGGUGGAUCAUCCGCACACCAAUAUACCUGAUCCCACUCCACCUAGAAAGAAGAGAAAGCUUGAUGAACCGCCACAAGUUAAAACACAUAGAACAGGUUGUUGUAGAACUGAAGGGUAUUAUAAAUUAACAGAACAAGAAAAAGCACCAUAUCUGUGGAAUGCCAGGAAUGUUUCGAAAGUUUCUGUCUCUAAAGCUCAAGCCACUGCCAAAAAGAAUGUUCAAACACAGAGGGAUGCUAGAAGUGAAAACCGUAGACUCCAAUCUUCAUUUGCAGCAAUUACUGAAAUGGGUGAUCUGCUUAAAUUCAACCAACUUAAGUUCCGUAAGAAACAGUUACGUUUUGCAAAGAGUCCUAUUCACGACUGGGGUCUGUUCGCUCUAGAACCUAUAGCAGCAGAUGAGAUGGUGAUAGAAUACGUCGGUCAGAAUAUUCGUCAUUCAUUGGCUAAUUUACGGGAGAAGAAGUAUGAAGAGGAUGGUAUCGGUAGCAGUUAUUUGUUCCGUGUGGAUCAUGAUACUAUAAUAGAUGCCACACGAGUAGGAAAUCUGGCACGAUUUAUUAACCAUUGCUGUAGCCCGAACUGUUAUGCAAAAAUUAUUACCAUGGACUCCCACAAGAAAAUUGUAAUUUAUUCAAAACGAGACAUUGAUGUGAAUGAAGAAAUAACCUAUGAUUAUAAAUUCCCCCUCGAAGACGAAAAAAUUCCUUGUUUGUGUGGUGCUCAGGGCUGCCGUGGAACCUUGAAUUAAGUUUGAUAUUCGAAUAAUUUAAUUCAGAUAAAAAGAUGUAGUUUUGUUUUCUUUAAGAGUUUUAAAAUUAGUGGUCAUGCUGUUCAAAAUUUUUUAGCCAUUUUCAGGAAGGAUUUUCGGUAAAUCUUGUUAUUUUUGCAUUAUCUGUUUAUGUUUGUACGCUUGAGAAAUAAUGAAUUGAUUGAAUUCAAAUUGCUUCUAAUUUUGUCAUAUUUGUUAUUUUUGUGAAUUUAUGUUAAUGAACUUGAUUACAAAGAUAUAAUUAAUUAAGGUAUUUCAAGGUGCAUUAUGUAAGAGCUAAAUCUUAUUAUUUUAGGUCUUUUUUCAAUCUUUAAAUGUUAUAGAAAUUGAGCAAUCUGAUUAAAACACAGAUCCUAUUUCAUUUUGUUUUUUAUAGUUCAAAAUUUCGUUUUUACUUGUCUUUACAACACUAGGAUCUGGAAGAGUUGUUAUUUAACAUGCGUUAUAGUUGAUGUGAGGAAUUAGCCAAUGAAACGUUGUGUUACGGCGAGUUUUUGGUGUGCUCUGCACAGAACUGUGGGUAAACCCCUAGAAACGUCAACGCUGAUUGAUUAAUCAAUGUCUGAUGUCAUAGGGUCGUAUGACCCCUGACGCAACCUCCAAGUACAACCAGUCAGAUCUUUAUAUAGUGUAGGCCAUCGAAAGUGUAAAAAACGAAACGAAAUAUAGAUCUGUAUUUUAAUCAGAUAAAUAAAUUGGGUAGAUUAGACCAUCACAGCCAUUUAAGAGUUUAACGAUAAAACAGAUAUCGUGAAGUACCUUUACAACGAUUAUAAACAAUCUAUGCUACAUUUUGUCCAACAAUCAUAACUUCACAUAGAAUAAAGUAAUUUGACUGAAAUUUUCAAUAUACAGUAUUCAUUUAUCAUUAUCUAUAUUUGAACUACUUCAGUGAGAACGGCCAGCUCUUUAUCUAAUUCUUACAUAAUGCAUCUUUAAAAAUCAAUAAUUACAAAGUCAAUAAUUAGAUAAAUAGAUUCACCAUUAUUUCAAAACAAUUCAAUGUUUUGGUUUAGAAUACACUUUUGUGUUGUAAUAAAUUAUAAAUCGUACAAUAAUUUAUAGGAAAAAAAAUGUCUAAUGUCUUCAGUGAACAUUUUGUAUCGUUAUAUAGUAUUUAUUUAUAUUAUUAGUUAAGGACUUCUUGAAAUUAUAACCAAUACCUUAAAGAAUGGAAAAAAAAAAAAUUCUUUCAUAGGACCACACUUAUUUGAUUUUCUGUUCUUUAGGAACACAUUUUAAGAAAAAUCUUAUUACUUCAGGAAAAAACUAAAAAGUAAUGUGUUCGAAUAUACGUUGCCAUAUAGUGUGCAAUAACAGUUCAGUCUACACUCAAUCUGCCUCAAUAAUAUUAAAUCAGGCUUUUUGUGAAUUGAUGUAUAUUUAACUUUUAGACUUAAGUAAUUACAUAUUUUUCAUCAGAGAACAAAAUAAUGUAUUGAAGUUAAGCCACUUAUAUUUGCACUUCUCUGGCAAUAUUUAAUUUUUCAAAGCUUAAUCUAUGGUAAAAUGUAACCAAAUUGCUUAUUUAGCAUUUUAUUAAUUUACUCAAUUAUCAUCAACAGUAGAUUAUCUCAUGGCUUUGUUUCUGUCAGAUUAAAAAAGAAGCCCAUCAAACACAUUUAGAUGGUGUUGGCUUAUUUAUAUUAUUGUCUGCAGGGUAUGCUGAAUUAAGGAAAUUUAAUACAGAAAUGAAUUGUACAAUUUUUGGACUAAUACUUCUUUUAAAGAUUUAAUUUUCACAAAAUAGUUUGUAAGAAAUUCAAAAUCCCGAAGACACAGAUCACCGGCUGUAAUGUUACAUGAAUCAAGUCAAACUUGAUGGAUUUCAGUAGUAAUCUUGUUCUAGCAGGUUAAAAUAAUUAUUAAUUUUACAGAAAUGUAGGCAAUAAAUUUUGAAUGCCCGAUCUGUAUCGGUGUCAUUUAUCCUGAAAUAAUUUAACAGUGGUUAUAACAUUCUACUGUUAUUUUGUAUGAUGUUAUUUUCCACAACAUAAGUAUCCCAAUAGUUACAUAAUUGUGUUAAAUUGUGUGCCAUUAUAUUUAGUUAAUUGCUUGUGCAAGGUUAUUUAUGUUAAAAUAUCAUUUUAUUCUCCAUCUUAUCCUUUCAUCCGGCUUGUUGAAUUCCUCAACUGAAUUGUGUUUGGUCUCUUGACUAAAUAUAUCUAUGUAGAAAAAAAAAAUUAAAUCAUAAGUGUGUAUAUUUUUACAAAGUUGUACAUAAUUUGUUAUUGAUAAUCAUUUUGUCAUUGUUUUGCAUUAUGUAAAUAUAAAGAACGGUAUACUCCAUUUUCUACUUGUUCAAUAGUAAGUCAUGUGUAAAGUGUAAAUAAAAUAACUAUAAAUUAAA